UCCCAUUGGUGGUCAUGCUGAUAAUGGGCGUGUCUGUUAGACUAUAUUAGGACCCGCGGUCAGCUGCAGGGGGCGUUGUCUGGGUUUGUAUCUGAUGCUCGAGGACGUAAAGAGAAAAAGACAUUUGAGGACAAAUACAUCACCUGUAAAGGAGGUCAUUAAGAAGAGGAUAUUAUGGAGCUCAUCAUCAAAGUCCUGAGCGGGGAAACAAAGACCGUGCGAGUGAAUCCAGGUGACACAAUUGGUGCACUCAAGCAAAAAGUCGCCCAAAUCUUUAAUGCAAGACCUUCACGGCUGAGGCUUUCUGUCACCAAUGGGUGUGUCGUGCAGCUGGACAAUGACCAGAGGACUGUGAGCCAUUAUGGUCUGAGUUCAGGGGUAACAGUGAUGCUGCUGAUCUCCAAUUCUCCCGUGCCACUUCAGGUGUUUGUGAAGAAUGUGAAGGGACAGACGAAGACAUAUGACAUCACUGACGAUGAAACCGUUGAUCAGUUGAUGAAAAAGGUACGCCAAAAAGAAGGAGUACCAGAGGACCAGCACCGGCUGAUCUACAACGGUCGACAGCUCGACUCUGGCAGGAAGCUGCAGGAUUACGGCAUUGUUUCUGGAAGCACCAUUCAUAUGACCCUCCGUCUGCGUGGAGGCUGAUGGGACAGAAACACUUGGAGAUUAUUUUAGCCUAAAAAAAUUAUUUAAUGUUAUUCCUUCUGUAAUGUCUGUUACUUUCUAAUUGCACUCAAUUGAUUCUCCCUUCUAGAAAGUAUUUUUGAGUCAUUUUCUGCAUUAUUCUUUCCUAUUCCAGUAUCCAAAACUUUCCAAUAUUCAUACAAUUGUAUUAAAUUUGCUUGCUUCAACAGUUACAUUUUUGCUUUUAGAAUGAUUAAUUAGUAGAAAUAAUUUAAGAAUAAUGUAAAAAAAAUAUAUAUUUUUAUUUUUUUGUAAGUGAUAUCCGGGCAAACACAUCAGCUGUUAAAGGAUUACAGUAAAAUGUGAUAAAAUAACUUUUUUUAAAUUUUUAAAAUUACUUUCUGUAAUACUAUAAAAGAUGAAAGUACGUGUGAUGGUUUAUUUUGUUGUGGGUCUUGUAGGUGAAUUAAUUUAUUUUCUAUUUAAAUACAUAUAUUUAUAAAAAUGGCUGAAUUCU